CUUAAAUUGUACCUCUUUGAAACAGGUUCUAACAUCAGUUGCCCGCCCCAAACAAGAGAAGGAAGGACUAUUCAAAAAUCAAGAGUUUAAUUUACGGGGAAAUAGAAAGUUAAGCAGGGUCGUAUUUAAAACCACAACCGAUCAGGACUGCGAGCUCAGACGACGGCAGAAAGGAUUCCACACCAAUACUGAACUGUAGUCUAACAGGUUGACCAUGUCGGAAAGUCAUCUUAUGGGCUUUUUAGUCCUUCUAUCAUUCCUUCCUACUGCAUCAACUAUUGGACUUCUCGACUCAAUCAACGACCUGAAGAAAAUCCCAUUCGGCCGAUCGGUGCCCAAGCACAGCCUUGUGCUGCUCCACUGGUUUGCCAACACAAUAGAAUUGACCAACAACAACAGGCUAGAGUUGAACUUUGACCCAGACCAAGGAGACUAUGGCGCUCAUCACUAUGUAAACGUUCCGGGAUUCCUGGAUCCGCUUCCCUUUCGCCACCGGUACUUCACCCUCGGCAACAUCAACCCCUUGAUCAACAAUCAGAGAAGGUCUAUGCCCUCUUAUUUCACCAAUGACCUAAACCGUCUGUUACGGGGUGAGGUACUGAACAGGGCCCGCAUCAUAUUCUCGUACUCGUCCCAGGACACCGUCGGUCAGGUGUUCAUCACACAGCACUACCAGGCCAGUCAGGGUCUGGGGACUGGGUACGACCCAGAGCACUCCUACCGGAUCAGCAUCAACCUCUUGAGGGAGCUCAGAGUCUUCUCCUUGGACCGAAGAGAACACUCCGAGCUGUCAGAGAUCGGAGGAGACUUCGGGAGCAGCAUCGACUAUGACAAACUUUAUUCGUUAAGAAACACGUGGGGCCAGCUGGCCUGUGUCGGACUGCUGUUUUUCAUCGUGAUCAACGAGAGGAAUACGCUUUGCGACAGAGCUCGAGAACCGAAGCUUACUCCAAAACGUAACGUUCGCGCAAGCGCAAUUUGGUACGGAUCUGUGAAUAUUCCAGAAAACAACUUCAACUACAGGCAACUUAAUCAGGACUCGGAUGAUGAUCAAUCUUGCUAUACAUGUCCUUCUGUGUUCAAGAUAUGCGUAGUAAUAGUAGGAAUAAUAAUAGCAAUAACCAUAAUAACAAUAACAAAAAUAUACUAUUAAUGAAUUAUGUUUUUUUAUUUCCGUGAAAUGCCAAACAAGUGGCCCAUCCCAUAUAGGAUUACAGGACACCGAUAUAACUGCACAAAGCGUGCAGUUCAUACAAAAUCCAAAACACACCAUACAAUACAUUUCAUCCAGCACCGAAUAAACACACUUAAUAUAAAGAGACAUAUCCGGUUAUAUGUUGAUCCAGAUGUGUUGUCAAUCUUUAAAUGACAACGAUUCAGACGGACAGGUUAAAUGUUUUGCACUUGAUAAUUACUGUUGAGUGUGGGUGUGUGUUUUAUGCUUAUAAAUAGGUGCUCUUUCAUCUUCUCUGUACAUUUUGUAGGAAGUACAAUCAGUAAGUGCCUGAAUAGAUUUAUCUUAAUCUGUAUAUCUUUGUUAAUAGGUUUAAUGCUCAAUAAAGGAGACAAUUAAAUUAGAGAUGUUUGAUGUUCGCAAACAGAAACACUGUUUGCGAUAACGAGUUAAAGGGACUGCCUUCAUUAUUAUUAUUAUUAUUAUUCUGCACUGCGAGUGAGGGCGGGCGGUACCACUACAAGUUAGUAGGGGUGUUCCCGUGUGGGAUGAUACAUUUUUUCCAGCAUUUGGCUGUGCUACUAGGUAAAAAUAAAAAUAAGGUACAUUUCAAGACCUGAAUGACAUUGGAUGACAGUGAGUUCACCCACCUCCAGCAAGGACACCUGGAAUUAAAUACAAAAACACUGUUUUCAAUAGCGAGUUAUGGUACUUCCUUAUUAUUAUUAUUGUUAUUAUUAUUAUUAUUAUUCUGCUCUGCAAGUGAGGGUGGGCGCUACCAUUAUAUGUUUGUAGGGGUGUUCCCAUAGGGAAUGUUACAUCUGUGAAUACUUUAUGUAUGCAGAAAAUCAGUCAGGGCUCUGAACUUGAUUAUUAUGGAAGCAUGAUUCUCAUACAUGUAUGGUCAAUACUUUAGAGUUAAGUUGAAAGAUCUCUGUAAUUUUUUUUUUUUAAGUUUGUAGGCUUACUUGACAAAUGUGUAAGCAUUUUUGGAUCUUAGGAUCUUAGAGUUUAAGAGGUCAUCGAUGGGAAACGUUGUAUUCUAACAAUUUUCUAAAUUCAACAAUUCAGAAAGAAUCUUGGUUAUAUCUUCCAAACAAAACCGAAUAUGUAAUCACUGAACGAAAGUUAUGGUGAAAAAAUUCACAUUUCUUGCAACGAAUGUUAUUAAAACCCAUUUAAUGCUGAAUCAAUAUGAAAACAUUGCAUUUUUCAUUGAGUAGAAAAUAAAUGUCAGUC